UAUAUAUAACCCUAUACAUAACUUUUCAAGUCUUGUUCAUCUAAAAAACCCUUAUAUCUCACAUCUCUUGUUACAACUUAGAGCUCUCUUCAUAUAUCCCUUUACCCCGUCAUGAGUGGCGACGAAGAUAGCGUUACUGAGAAUCAUCUCGAUACCAAUCUGUACUUAGGGUUUCCUCAACAACAGAAUCCCGUAAAUGAACAAAACGGGUCGGUUCCUCAAGAACAAGCUCCUGUGGAGGACCAAGGACAGGGUCAAGAACAAGCUCCUGUGGAGGACCAAGACCAGGGUCAAGGGCAGUUCAUGCAACUCUUGACAUCAGAUUCUCCACAAAAUAUCCAAUCCUCUCCUUCUCAACCACAUGAGAUGACACCUUUGGGAGACUUCACGGCCAACGGCUCAAACCCUUUGAUUGUUCCCACGCAAUCUGCACCUCCACUAAGCGACUCAGCAGUGGCGGCCCCAUGGCGUGAUGAACCUUCAGAACAAAUCCCUCACCCUCCUGAAGUGAACCAGGUUGCAACCGUGGCCUCGGAAACUCGCCGCAGAGGUCGUCCACCAGGAGGACAAGCACGUCGUAUUUCAACAAGAGCGGCGGCUGCGGUUGAUAGCAACGUGGAGAUCAUACCACCGUAUCCAUGGGCCACCAAAAAGCCAGGCGAAAUCCAGUCCAUCAGAGACUUGUCUUCCAAUAAUUUAAACGUGAUCUCUGGACUAGUCCACUGCAAAACUUGCGAUAAGACUUACAAGUUGGAGUAUAAUCUGAUGGAGAAAUUUUCGGAAUUGUAUGGAUACAUUAAGGUGAACAAGGAGGUGAUGCGUCAACGAGCCCCGGCUAUAUGGUCAACCCCGAGACUGAUUCCGUGCAUGACAUGCAAGAGUGAGAUGAAGCCUGUCAUGUCCGGAAGGAAGGAAGAAAUUAACUGGUUGUUUCUUCUGUUAGGGCAGAUGUUGGGAUGUUGUACUUUGGACCAACUCAGGUUCUUUUGUCAGUUGAACAGUAAACAUCGAACCGGUUCUAAGGAUCGUGUUCUCUACAUAACUUAUCUUGGUCUAUGCAAACAGCUCGACCCCGAAGGACCAUUUAGCCUGUGACUUGUAAUGGAAUCUGGUCGUACUGAUUAACGUAUCUUUA